AUGGAUCCACUGUCUAUUAUUGCUAGCUCUGUUAGCCUGUUAUCUUUCGGCAUCACGAUCUGUGAUGGGCUUGUCGUAUAUUGCCACACUUACAAGUCACGCGAACGCGAUCUCAAUGCCCUCGGUGAUCACGCUAGGAGGCUGCAAGCGCUUCUUCAAGCAAUUGAGAAACGCUUUCAAGAUGGGCUCAUUGCAGAUGCUUCAUUCCGCGCUAUGUUGAUUGAUUGCCAUGGUGCCUGCGAACAUUGCGUCUCUAAUGUACAAACUCCGAAUGCUAGAUUCCUACAGUCUCCAGCGGCUCCGGGUUCGUCAAAGAGAGAACGCAGUAAGGCUGCACUGCAAGCUCUCAAGUAUCCGUUCGAGGCAGACCGAUUCGAGAAACUCAGACAACAGCUCAAUGACUUUCAUUUGCCUCUUUCUGGACUACUUCUUGUCAUGAACUACGACCUUACCGCCGAGCUUCAACGCAAGGUGGACUCCCACUCGACCGCUCUUUCAUCAGCUAUGUCUUCCCAAGGAAGCCAACUAGCCCUGCAACUUGCCUCCAUGGGCCCUUCUAUCACGCACGCAUUGGAUGAAGGCCUUUCAAAACUAGAAGUGUCGAUUCAAAAACAAUUCUCAGGCCUGGAGAAACAGUGGACCGACUUCCGACGAGGUGAAGAUACACGACACAUUCUUUCGGGCAUGGACAUGGCACAGAAGCCGGCAAUCCAGCCAAACAACAAAUCAUCUCCUCUGCUUGAUCCACUAUGCUCAUGCCCUUCGAGCCAUCCCCAACUGCAUGAGAGAACAUGUUUUCGCUGGCGCCAGAACAGGAAGGUCCAUGUUAUUGCUGGGAAGCUCAGAGUCUUUAGCUCCCUUGUGCGGUUUAGGCUAGAGUUACAACGUGCCCCUGGUGUCUUUGCAAAAGAUCUCAAAGUAUGUGCGAAUCUCACCAUACGGGCCACAGUUGACUGGACAGAAGCCUUCAAUGUCGUCCACAGAAUGGGAACGAUAAGCGGGACCAGGGUCAAAGAGUUUCAAAAGUCAUCUCAAUGGUGCUUGAUGGAGCUCCGAAGACUCUUCGAUGAAGGGAAAGCCUGGCCUACUGACACGACAACGCAUGGUUAUUCUCUCCUCCACUGUGCAAGUUUUGCAUGUGAGAGAAAUCUUAAUGAUGACUCAGCAGCAAUUUACUUGCAGUUUCUCAAAGGGCUCAUUGAUUUAGGGGUGCCUCUGAACGACAUAGAGUGUCAGGGGCAUAAUACACCGUUGUCUUGCAUAAUGUGGCAGUCAAAUUUCUGGUCCAUUUCAUUUUCUCGAACAUCGGGAGUGCCACGGAGAAUGGCCCCUCGCGAAUCGGAUCAAUUUUACGACCGCAUCAUAAGUCAAUUGAUGGAGGUGGGCGCGGAGGUCCCCGGCAUAGAAGAAGCCCAUACAUUUGGCGACAUGGGGCCAUACCUUCUACCGAUGCUUUACAGAGGCACGAUCAGCCCAGACAAUGGAUUUGGUUAUGGGGCCUUAUCCUGCGCCUUGAUUCAGCAAUCGGAACUCGACGUUCGCCGCCUGCUUUCCCGGUCACAGUCUCACAUUCUAGAAAAAAGUCGAAGGAUGGAAAGCCCGCUCCACGUUGCAACAUAUUGGCCCAGGGGAGUGGAACUGCUCCUACAACUUGGUGGAGAAGCGGUUGGGGGCAUCUUGAACACGCCAAACGCCUUCAAUGAGUCGCCACUCGACUACGCCCUCCAACUUGGCCAACUUUCAUCCGUUCGGCCCUUGGUAGAUGCAGGUACCAAUAUCGAUCUCGAAGGGACAUUCAUUAUUGAGUGUGCAAAUAUUGAAAACUGGAAUGCAACACAGUUCGACGAGAUAAUUACUUUUCUGUGUCAAACCCUGGCAGAGAGACGGAAAAGGAUGCUAUGCCUCGCCCUUGAGUGGCUUCCCGAGCACGAGACCUGCAGGCUCGGAUUGAAAAAUGAGGACAUGCUACAGAGCACCGCGUUUGAGGUCAGUGAGCUGUUUCGACAACAGCGCCAUCACUUGUAUCCUUUGUUCGAAAACGUUCGACCGGGGUCCAUCUACCACUCGGGGUGUCUUAGCCGUACUUUGGCGCAAGCACUGCUCGGGGUUGGUUUCUCGAGCACAAACACGACUUUCCACGGCUUCACACCAUUGAUGGCAGUUGAUCUGAAAUAUUUGACAAGUCGACGAGGUUUGAGCUCUACAGUGGACCUAGUUACCUGGUUCCUUGACCAAGGCGCCUCUUUGCAGUCCUCUAUCCCAGUCUCUGCUUUGAGGGGCUUCCAAAGUCAACCAUCGACAACCUUCUCGGGGUUCAAGACCGUUCAUCGGAUUGCCUAUGUGUAUGGAGAUGGACCGAACUUUUCUGCUUUUUCAGCGGCUGACCAUUCACGGAUUGAUCAUAUGCGUGGCAUCGUCAGUGAUACCUCAACGGAUCCGUGCAUAUGCUAUUGCUCGCUGAAAGGCUGCACUCCAGCUACUCUAUUCAUCCGCGGCCUCUUCAGAUUUGCAUACCUCAAAGGUAGCCAGAUUCAAACACCCAGAGAUCCGACCCAGUUGAGGGAAUUGAAGCGGCACAUGAAGCUCAUGUCUACCCUCCUGUCGGACAAUCAAACUCCAGACAUUGUCACCGACAUUAUUCGGGUCAUUACAUUCCAUCGUCUUGAAAUGAAACAUACAUGCUGCAGUUACAUAUCUCAAGAGUCCAGAAAAGAUGUCACUCCCGAUAUUCUCGCCGGAAGAUACAAGAUAGUUGACAUCAUGGAGCCGGAGGAGGUGGCCGAGAUACAGGAAGAAGAUCAGCACCAAGCGCUGCAUCUUGAAGCACUGGUGGCAGAAUUCAUUACCAAGUACAAGGAGGAAAAUACUUCCUUCUAUGACUUCUUUUUUGAGUAUUGGUGGCAACGAAUGAUCGAAGUUGAAGCGGAAAGAGAGCAUAUUUGUGCAGAUGAUCUUAGAGAGAUCCGUAGAACUGGUGUUGUUUUAGAUGGAGAAUAA